GGGCCUAGCUGCCCUGAGGUAGUCUCCAGCUCCGCGGUGCUGCUGAGGAGAAGGAGAAUGUGAGCGGCUACCGGGCUUUCCAAGACGAUGCUCGCUGUCGUGGGCGCGGCGGCCCUGGUGCUGGUGGCCGGGGCGCCUUGGGUGCUACCCUCAGCUGCAGGUGGAGAAAAUCUGAAACCUCCUGAGAAUAUAGACAUCUACAUUAUAGAUGACAACUACACCCUAAAGUGGAGCAGCCCCGGAGAGUCAAUGGGCAGUGUGACUUUUUCAGCAGAAUAUCGAACAAAAGACGAGGCGAAGUGGUUAAAAGUGCCUGAAUGUCAACAUACUACAAGGACCAAGUGUGAAUUCUCUUUACUGGACACAAAUGUGUAUAUCAAAACACAGUUUCGUGUCAGAGCAGAGGAAGGGAACAGCACAUCUUCGUGGAAUGAGGUUGAUCCGUUUAUUCCAUUCUACACAGCUCACAUGAGCCCCCCAGAAGUACGUUUAGAAGCUGAAGAUAAAGCCAUACUAGUCCACAUCUCUCCUCCCGGACAAGACGGGAACGUGUGGGCACUGGAGAGACCCUCCUUCAGUUACACCAUACGAUUCUGGCAGAAGUCUUCCAGUGACAAAAAAACUAUUAACUCUACGUAUUAUCUAGAAAAAAUACCAGACCUCUUGCCAGAGACUACUUACUGUUUAGAAGUUAAAGCAAUACAUCCGUCACUUAAGAAACACAGCAAUUACAGCGCAGUGCAGUGUAUAAGCACCACAGUGACAAAUAAAAUGCCUGUGCCAGGAAAUCUCGAAGUAGAUGCCCAAGGCAAGAGCUAUGUCCUGAAAUGGGUCUACAUUGUGUCUACAGACGUGAGCUUCAGAGCACAGUGGCUUCCUGGCUAUUCAAAAAGCAGUUCUGGAAGCCGUUCAGAUAAAUGGAGACAAAUACCAACCUGUGCAAAUGUCCAGACUACGCACUGUGUCUUUUCUCAAGAUACUGUCUACACAGGAACGUUCUUUCUGCGUGUACAAGCCUCAGAGGGAAAUCACACAUCCUUUUGGUCUGAAGAGAAGUUUAUUGAUUCUCAAAUAUACAUUCUCCUUCCUCCUCCGGUCAUUACUGUCACCGCCAUGAGUAGUGAUACCUUGCUUGUUUAUGUCAACUGUCAGGACAGCAAAUGUGAUGGACUCAAUUACGAAAUCAUCUUUUGGGAAGACACUUCCAAUACUAAGAUACGGACGGUGGAGGACAGCCCGGAGCUCACCCUCAAGAACCUGCAGCCGCUGACUGUGUACUGUGUCCAGGCCAGAGUGCUCUACACGGCCCUGCUGAAUAAGACCAGCAACUUCAGUGAUAAGCUGUGUGAGAAAACACGUCCAGGAAGUUUUUCCACGAUCUGGAUUAUAACUGGAUUGGGUGCUGUGCUCUUCUCUGUCAUGGUCCUUUAUGCUUUGAGGAGCGUCUGGAAGUACCUGUGUCAUGUGUGCUUCCCACCACUGAAGCCUCCCCGCAGUAUUGAUGAGUUUUUCUCUGAGCCGCCCUCAAAAAACCUUGUACUUCUGACGGCUGAGGAGCACACGGAAAGAUGCUUCAUCAUUGAGAAUGCAGACACGGUCGCUGUAGAAGAGAAGCGUGCGUCUGAGGAGGACCUCAGGAAGUACAGCUCGCAGACCAGCCAGGACUCCGGCAACUAUUCCAACGAGGAGGAGGGGGAGGGGAGUGUGGGCACUGAGAGUGGCCAAGCUGUGCUCUCUGCAGCUCCCUGCGGGGGGCUAUGGAGCGAGCCUGGCCCUCCUGGGACCUUGGAAGAUGGGACCUGCUUCCUGGGAAAUGAAAAACAUCUUCAGAGUCCAGCCCUGAGGACAGAGCCAGCUCUCCUCUGCUGACAAGGGCUCGGCCCAGGCUGGGGGCCGUGUGGAGGAGACAAACUUAUCUGAAGUGGCUGGCAGCUUCUGCUGCCAGCUGGAAGCCCUGGGUGCUGUUUGUACCACAGAUGAGGCUCACUGCUGUCAGGCAUCUGGUGGUUCUGUCUCGGGGUUCCUCUAGAACAUUCCACUUUUUAAUCCUGCCGUAGCCCCUCAGUGUGUCACAGGUACCGUUGUCUACAGCCGUGCUUCCUAGCCCAUAACUCACCACAGCCGUGGCUUCUGACCAGAAGUCACUGAAACUGUGGAGAAAGGGGACACUAACUGGAGGAGCUGUCGUUGUUUACGAUCUCAUUGUGGCCUGGGUGUGCCCUUUGCACUCUAGUACUUGCGGAACUAGAAAAUGCCAGGGACAAAAAGCAGGCAUGAACCAUUCAGUAAGAGAGAAGCUAGUGAACAUGAUGGUGAAAGAAGACCAUGUCCAGUCAGUGUUUGUGUGAAGGCCCUGUGCUGCUCUCUCUGUAGCCUUUCCGUGGUACUUAUAAAACCAGGCCGAACCCUGUCCUCUGUCCGGCACUAUUCAGGUCCCUUCCCAGAUGCAGGUGCUUCAAAAACCAAGUGUUGGGUCCUGAGGUGAGGGAACAGCUUCGACGACACAGUGCUGCCUGCAGUCGUCUAUAAGUGACCUUAGAUGGAUGCUCCAUGAGCAUCUUCGGUAGGCAGGACAUCCAGCAGUGCUGGCAGCUCCAGGGCAGACUCAGUUGCAGGCCAAAAAGGCAGAGAGAGGAGUGAUGCAUCACAGCCCUGCCCCAAUCGGGCUCGUUGCUCGCUGCACUGCGCCGCUGUAGUCAAUCUUGGGGUUUUUUUUUUUUUGGUUUUUUUUUUUUAACUUUAAGGUGAUAACAUAUUCUCAGAUAUAGCACAGAAGAGACACUACAAAAAUUAUGUCUGAAAGUUAUGAUAGAAAAGAGCCUUAGACUGGGGUAGAGAGCUUGCUCCUCACUACUAACUUGUAUCUCAGUCUCCUCAGCAGAGAGAAUGCAGAUUGAUUUUCAUCCUGAGUUUUGUUUUCUUGCCCGGUUUCUGGGUUCGGGUGUGCUUUCAAGGCCCUUAACAGCUUGUCUGCCCACAGGGUAGCCCGGAGUCCCAGCCAUUUGGCUAAAUGUUGCAGGUUCCUGUACUUAAAGGACUCCAGCUCCUCUGUAGAGGGGACAGUCAUCACGUUCUGCAGUCACGCUGAUACCCAGAAAAAUGGCCACACAAGUCAAAACUGGUGCCACGCUUUAAUAAUUCUACCCAGCACAGCUCAGCCUGUGGUCACGGUGGAAAAGCUCCUUCUGCCAGGACAGCCUGAGAAGAAACAAGACCUCCUGGGACGUGGGCAAGGAAGGCCCAGAUGCUAUCGGGAAGUUGGUAGUUGGCAUUCUUUCAUCCCUCACAACUGUGACACAGGUCUUCAGGGUGAGGCCCAAAGCAGCUGUCAGUGGCAGCAGUGGGUGAGGAGGGGGCUUCACCUGAGCCUGGCCUUCUAGGCGAGCAAAGGCAGUUCUACCUGCUCGCUUCAAGACAGCCUGCAUGACCCUUCCCACGGCACACUGCCUGAUUGUGAUGUGACAGAGGUUUCCUGUGCAGACACAUGUUCUUAAGGAAUGAGGUGCACACACACAGGCCUGAAGAGCUGGCUCAGCGGGUAGAGCACAGGUUGCUCUUGUCUGGGAUCUGAGCUCUGUCCCCAGCACCCACAGGGUGCUUCUGGUUGCCUCAGACUCCGGGGGUGCACAAGGCACCCGUACAUGUAAGCAAGACAGUUGUACACAGAGAAGUCAAACCUUUUUGAAAGAAAGAAACACCACGGGCUAGAGAGAUGGCUCGGUGGUUAAGAACACUGACCACUCUUCCAGAGGUCCUGAGUUCAAUUCCCAGCAACCACAUGGUGGCUCACAACCAUCUGUAAUAGGACCUGAUGCCCCCUUCUGGUGUGUCUGAGGACAGCUACAGUGUACUCAUAUAAAUAAAAUAAAUACAUCCUUUUUUUUUCUUUUUUU